UCCUGUGUAACUGAGCGACGAAUACAUUUCUUUUUUUUUUUUGGGUGAAGAAAGAGCCUGGGCUGCGGCGUCUGGAGGGUUAACUUUCAGUAUUCUCAGCCUAAAAGGGGUUUGGGGGGCUAUGAGAUAAAGAUGCCGGGGUCGCUGAGUAAUGAAGACGAGGGACAAGACGACAUGGAUUUUGAAGACGAUAUGCCAGAUGAGGAUGAUGAAGGCGAGCGCAACACCGUUCCCCUCACACCCCUCGACAUCUUCUCUGACAACGACUCCCUCAAACAACAAAAGAAGAAGAAGCCCAAAAAGAUGAAAGAGGGGAAAAUGCCCAAAGUUAAGAAGAGGAAAAAGGAGGGAGGAAUCCAGCCAAGGGUUGACAGCGACCUGGAGGAGACCUCAGAGGUGGAGGAGGAACGGGAACGGCCAGAAAUAGGCUCAGAGAGUGAGAGCAGCGCGUACGGCCCAACCAAAAAGAAGAAGAAGAAACCGAAAGAGAAGAAAGAGAAGAAGCCCAGGAAGAAGAAGAGAGAUGAGGAAGAUGAUGAUGAUGACGAUGAUGAUGGGAACAUGAAAGAACCUAAAUCAUCCAGCCAGUUGAUGCAGGAGUGGGGUCUGGAAGACGUUCAGUACGGCUUCACGGAGGACGACUACAAAACCAUCACGAACUACAAGGCUUUCAGCCAGUUCCUCAGGCCUCUCAUUGCCAAGAAGAACCCGAAGAUUCCCAUGUCAAAGAUGAUGACAGUGUUAGGGGCCAAGUGGCGAGAGUUCAGUGCCAACAACCCGUUCAAAGGCGCAUCUGCCACCGCUGUGGCUGCCGCUGUGGCUGCCGCCGUGGAAACGGUUACCGUGGCACAGCCGACAUCUGUCAGCAGCAGCCAGCCGAGCUCUCAGCUGGGGCCAAUCAAAAAAGCCAAAACCAAAGAGGGAAAGGGGCAAGGAGUUAGGAAGAGAAGCAAGACUGUGAAGGAGGUGAAGAAGAAACCCAAGCCGAAGAAGACCAAAUCAAAGUCGGGCCAAAGUGGGAAGAAGAAGAAAGCAUCCUCGAGCGAGGAGGACUUCCUGGAGGAGUCAGACUUUGAUGACAUCAGCAUCCACAGUGCCUCUGUGCUUUCUGAUACCUCGGGGGCCGCCACCAAGAAAAAGGCCCGACGUGGGCGGAAAAAAAGGAAAAAGGAAGAUGGUGAUGGUUAUGAGACGGACCACCAGGACUACUGUGAGGUUUGCCAGCAGGGCGGAGAGAUCAUCCUGUGUGACACCUGUCCCAGAGCGUACCACCUGGUCUGUCUGGACCCUGAGCUGGAGAAGGCUCCCGAGGGCAAAUGGAGCUGUCCACACUGUGAGAAAGAGGGCAUCCAGUGGGAGGCCAAAGACGAGGAGGAAGAAGAGGAGGAGCCAGCAGGCGAGGAAGAGGACGACCACAUGGAGUUUUGCCGAGUGUGUAAAGAUGGAGGGGAGUUGCUGUGUUGCGACACCUGCCCAUCUUCCUACCACAUCCACUGCCUCAACCCACCUCUCCCCGAGAUACCCAACGGGGAGUGGUUGUGUCCACGCUGUAUGUGCCCUCCCCUCAAAGGUAAGGUCCAAAAGAUUCUCCACUGGACAUGGGGAGAGCCCCCGUUGCCAGCUGAGCUGCCUGCGGGCCCUGACGGCAAGCCAAACGAUCCACUGACCAAGCCUCCGCUCAAGGGCCACCCAGAGAGGGAGUUCUUCGUAAAGUGGGCUGGCCUUUCAUACUGGCACUGCUCCUGGGUCAGCGAGCUGCAGUUGGAGCUUUACCACACGGUCAUGUAUCGCAACUACCAGCGCAAGAACGACAUGGACGAACCGCCGCCGUACGACUACGGCUCCGGAGAGGAGGAGCUCAACAGUGAGAAGAGGAAGAGCAAAGACCCCCAGUACGCUGUGAUGGAGGAGCGCUUCUACCGCUACGGCAUCAAACCAGAGUGGAUGGUUAUCCACCGGAUAGUCAGCCACAGUUUCGAUAAGGAUGGCGAUGUGCAUUACAUGAUCAAGUGGAGAGACCUGCCCUACGACCAGUGCACCUGGGAGGUGGAUGACUUCGACGUCCCAGAAUAUGACAGUCAUAAAUCGUCUUACUGGGACCACAGGGAGCAAAUACUAGGGGAGGACCAACGCCCCCUGGUGGUGAGGAAAGGAAAGAAACUCAAAGACGACCAUCCAAAGAGGGAGGUCCCUCCUGAUGCUCCUAUCAUAGAUCCAACCAUCAAGUUUGAGCACCAGCCGUGGUACAUUAACGCCACUGGGGGAACUCUGCACCCGUAUCAGCUGGAAGGCCUGAACUGGUUGAGGUUCUCGUGGGCGCAGGGCACAGACACAAUCCUGGCCGAUGAGAUGGGCCUCGGAAAGACGGUGCAGACAAUAGUGUUUCUCUACUCACUCUACAAGGAGGGUCACUCUAAGGGGCCGUUCUUGGUGAGUGCGCCCCUCUCCACUAUCAUCAACUGGGAGAGGGAAUUUGAGAUGUGGGCUCCAGAUUUCUACGUGGUGACGUACACUGGAGACAAAGACAGCCGGGCAAUCAUCAGAGAGAACGAGUUCACCUUUGAAGACAGUGCGGUGAAAACGGGACGCAAGGUGUUUCGGAUGAAGAAAGACACUCCAAUCAAGUUUCACGUGCUGCUGACCUCUUACGAGCUGAUCACUAUAGAUCAAGCCAUUCUGGGCUCCAUCACCUGGGCCUGCCUGGUGGUGGACGAGGCCCACAGACUGAAAAACAACCAAUCAAAGUUUUUCAGAAUUCUCAACGGGUAUAAGAUCUACUACAAGCUGCUGCUCACUGGGACUCCCCUUCAGAACAACCUGGAAGAGCUGUUCCACCUGCUUAACUUCCUCACCCCAGAGCGCUUCAAUAACCUUGAAGGCUUCCUGGAGGAGUUUGCUGAUAUCUCCAAGGAGGACCAGAUCAAGAAGCUGCACGACCUGCUUGGCCCUCAUAUGCUCAGAAGGCUCAAAGCUGAUGUCUUCAAGAACAUGCCUGCAAAGACAGAGUUGAUUGUCAGAGUGGAGCUCAGCCCCAUGCAGAAGAAAUAUUACAAGUUUAUUUUGACGCGGAAUUUUGAGGCUCUGAACUCAAAAGGGGGAGGGAACCAAGUGUCCCUGCUCAACAUUAUGAUGGACCUGAAGAAGUGCUGCAACCAUCCCUACCUGUUCCCCGUGGCUGCUGUGGAAGCUCCUGUGCUACCCAACGGCUCGUACGAUGGCAACCUACUGGUGAAGUCCUCAGGAAAACUGACGCUGCUUCAGAAAAUGCUAAAGAAACUCAAAGAUGAGGGACACAGAGUUCUCAUUUUCUCUCAGAUGACAAAAAUGUUGGAUCUACUUGAGGAUUUUCUGGAGUUCGAGGGUUAUAAAUAUGAACGUAUUGAUGGAGGAAUUACUGGAGGCCUCAGGCAGGAGGCCAUUGACCGCUUCAAUGCACCGGGCGCUCAGCAGUUCUGCUUCUUGCUUUCAACGCGAGCCGGAGGUCUCGGCAUCAACCUGGCAAGCGCAGACACUGUCAUCAUCUACGACUCUGACUGGAAUCCUCACAAUGACAUCCAAGCUUUUAGUAGAGCCCAUCGUAUAGGUCAAAACAGGAAGGUGAUGAUCUAUCGAUUUGUGACGCGGGGCUCAGUGGAGGAGCGAAUCACUCAGGUGGCGAAGAGGAAGAUGAUGCUGACCCAUCUGGUGGUGCGGCCCGGCCUGGGCUCCAAAACUGGCUCCAUGUCCAAACAAGAACUGGACGAUAUUCUCAAGUUUGGCACUGAGGAGCUUUUCAAAGAUGAGAUGGAGGCAGCACGAACCAUGGGUGACAACAAAGAGGGCGAGGAGGGCAACGUGAUUCACUACGACGAUGACGCCAUCUCGAAGCUGCUGGACCGCAGCCAGGACGCCACUGAAGACACGGAGAUCCAGAACAUGAACGAGUAUCUGAGCUCCUUCAAGGUGGCUCAGUAUGUGGUGAAAGAAGAGGAUGGAGAGGAGGAGGUGGAGCGGGAGAUCAUCAAGCAGGAGGAGAACGUGGAUCCAGACUACUGGGAGAAGCUGCUCCGCCACCACUACGAGCAGCAGCAGGAAGAUCUGGCCCGCAACCUCGGCAAAGGCAAACGCAUCCGAAAGCAGGUCAACUACAACGAUACGACCCAGGAGGACCAAGAGUGGCAGGAUGAUCUUUCAGACAAUCAGUCGGAGUACUCUGUGGGGUCCGAGGACGAGGACGAAGAUUUCGAGGAGAGGCCUGAAGGCGGACGCAGACAGUCUCGCCGGCAGCUGAAGAAUGAGAAAGACAAACCUUUGCCACCCUUACUGGCACGAGUUGGGGGCAGUAUUGAGGUCCUGGGGUUCAACGCUCGCCAGAGGAAAGCCUUCCUCAAUGCCAUCAUGCGCUGGGGCAUGCCUCCUCAGGAUGCCUUCAACUCCCACUGGCUGGUUCGAGACCUGAGAGGGAAGAGUGAGCGCGAGUUCAGGGCCUAUGUGUCUCUGUUCAUGAGACAUCUGUGUGAGCCGGGGGCAGACGGAGCAGAGACCUUUGCUGACGGAGUCCCACGUGAAGGACUGUCUCGUCAGCAUGUUCUAACCAGGAUCGGCGUCAUGUCCCUUGUCAGGAAAAAGGUGCAAGAGUUUGAGCAUGUAAAUGGAAAGCUGAGCUCUCCGGAUCUGAUUCCCAUCGGCAUGGAGCUGAAGAAACUGACUGAGAGUUUAUCUUCUGAUCCCAACACCCCUGUGCCAGCCAGCCCUGUCGCUACGCAGCCCGGCACUCCCAUCCCACCAGAGAAGACUGAGUCUCUCUUGGGCACCGCUGAAGACAAGGAGACCACAGAGCAAGAUAGCAAGAAAUCGUCAGAGCAGGAAUCUUCCAGUGCAGAGCCAGCAUCUGUACCUGAGAAAGCAUCUGACGGCGAGGAGAGCAAGGCCAGCUCAGAGGAGAAAACAGGAGAUGAGAGGGACGCAACUGAGUCCCCCUCUGCAAAGUCAGAGCCAUCUGCCAACUCCAAAGAGUCCGCUUUGAAACAGACAGAGCUACCAUCCAGUCAACCCUCACCUAAAAUGGAGCCCUGCAAAGAAACAGAAAAAGGAGAUAGUGAUUCUCCUCAGGCAAAAACUGAAGACAAGGAAAAUAAGCCAGCCGUUGCAGAUGAUAUGAAGAGUGAGGAUGCGUUAGAGGGUCGAUUAAAUGGAGACAAAGACACUUUGGACGAGAUGGAUGAGAGCAGGAAGGAGGACAAGAACGGAUACAAAGCCAAGUUUAUGUUCAAUAUCGCUGAUGGAGGUUUCACAGAGUUGCACACCCUCUGGCAAACCGAAGAACGAGCGGCGCUGUCUUCUGGAAAGAUGCAUGACAUCUGGCACCGUCGCCAUGACUACUGGCUUUUGGCUGGCAUCGUAACACAUGGCUAUGCUCGUUGGCAGGACAUUCAGAAUGACCCACGUUACGCCAUUUUGAAUGAGCCCUUCAAGACUGAGAUGCAUAAGGGCAACUACCUGGAGAUGAAGAACAAGUUCCUGGCUCGCCGCUUUAAGUUGUUGGAGCAGGCUCUGGUGAUUGAGGAGCAGUUGAGGCGGGCAGCUUACCUGAAUAUGACCCAGGACCCCAGCCACCCGGCCAUGGCUCUCAACACUCGCUUCGCCGAGGUGGAAUGUCUGGCAGAGUCCCACCAGCACCUGUCCAAAGAGUCUCUGGCCGGGAACAAGCCUGCCAACGCCGUGCUCCACAAAGUGCUGAACCAGCUGGAGGAGCUUCUGAGCGACAUGAAAGCUGAUGUGACCCGACUGCCCAACAUGCUGUCCAGGAUCCCGCCGGUGUCGGCCCGUCUGCAGAUGUCUGAGAGGAGCAUCCUGAGCCGCCUCACCAGCCGAGGGAGCGAGCCUCCGCCUCAGCAGCCUUUUAGCCAGGGUGGGUUCGGCUGCUCCCAGAUGUACAGCAGCAGCUUCGGUGGAGGGUUCAGAGGACCGGGUGGACAGCCUAUGGUCAACUACAGUCAGAUGCCUCUGGGACCCUACGUCAGCGUGUCCUCUAACGGCCCUCCACCCCCUUCAAGCCAUCUGGACAAGAAGUCACUCGACUCCUUGAGAGACGUGGCGACCCCUGACCUCAAGUCAGGCAAACCUAGUGAUGUCAUCUGUAUCGAGGACUAGGCCAGCUCUGCAAAACCGACCCGAGGGUCAGAAAACUCCCAGGGAUGGAAUCUGUAAGGAUGACAGCUGCCCAUCUCCUUCGCCACAUCCUCCUCUUUCUCCUGCUCCUUCCUGACUUCAAAUCUACAGAGUCAAGCUCUCUAAGGCGAUUCACUUUUUGAUUAAUACAGAUGUAUCUAUCUUAACAAUUGCACUUUUAUCUUUCGAGGAUCCUAUAGAAGUAUUUCAGUAGAUAUUUUGCUUUUGUUGACCUGUGCUGGAGAGCUGAGGAUAAGGAGGGAAAAUGAAGCAGCUGUUCUGAAAGAGGAUUUUUAUUUUCAGCCCCGCACUACGAGGGGAAACUCAAGCGAGUCGGCAUGACUGAGUUUCCUGACGUUCUUGAUUGCGGCUCAUUCUAAUCUUGGAAUGUGUGUUUUGAUCGCGCCAGACUCUACAUUUUCAUCCUGUGUGCGCCCCGUUGCUUUUAACCAUCUGCCUAUUCACUGUACACUGUGACUGUGCCCCUCUGGAGCUUGUUCCCUGUGAGGAGGAGUUAAGGACGUCUUCAGUGAUAGUCAGAUAGGAGGUUGUUUUUCUGAGGGCCAAUAUUGUUACUUUAAAUGAAUAUGUGUUUUGUCAUUCAUGUAGUAACCAGUGGAUAAAGUAUUGAUUUGAAAGCAUCAAAAACUAUUAUCAUGUAUGCAGUAGCUGGACACAGUCUGUCUGAAUCCUCUAAAGACUGCCACCCGCUGGUCAUCUGGAGAAAGUAAUCUCCUCAAAACCUGCAGGUACACUCGACUGCAGCACCAGUAACCUCCGAGGGUUGGCUUCUUGUACUGUAUAUACUCAGAGACUGCUGUUUAUUUUACCUCACAUAGGUCUAAUCAUAGUGAAAAUAUGUAUACAUACAUGGAUGAAAUCAGAAGCCUUGAGCCUUGCCAUCGUAUGUGAAGAUCGAGCAGAGGAGAAAAAGCUGCAGGAGUGGCAAAAAUGAUUUUUAAACGCAUUUCAGAGAAGACUGAGUAUUUCUGUGUACGGUACAAUAUUUGUGAUUCUUAUUAUAUUUGAAUGUUAGUAGUGGCUGUAGAGCUUAACCCUGGGGCCAUGACCAGUGGGACUGCACUAUAAACAGGAACUCAUCUGGUCUACAUCCACAUACUGUACAGGGCUUUAAUGUUCAGGCCUAACUGACAAGAGUCCUGGAGUGGAGCGUGGCUAUUUUACGUACAUCCCAGGGACUUUCCCAGCUCCCUUUCAUUGUUAGAACCGAGUAAGAACAUAUGUGCUUCUGGCGCAGUGUCAUUUUGAGUCUAGUAUUUGUCGCAAAAUGAGCUUUUGUUUGCUUCUCUUUAUGUUGAGGUAAAAUAAGACGUGUUUGGUCACUUGGUGCCAUUAAAGAAGACGAUCCAGUAUGAUUUGUUCAUUUAUGCAGUGUGUUUCCUGCUCAGAUGUGGAGACUGUCAUUAGGGCUGGGCGAUAUGGAGACAAAUAUCACAAUAUUUCACCAGUAUUGUAGGGUGGAGUAUCGGUGCUUCCACUAAAUAUUUACACAAUGUGAUUUUUGAUUAAUAAUAAUCAGCAAUUUGGAUAAAAUUACCAAGUGGUUAAAGGCAAAAACAGAACAAUGAGAACAGUCUGACAUCACUUUACUGUAAUGCAUCUUUUAAAGGUUCAGUGUGUAAGAAUUAGGGGGAUUUAGUGGCAUUCCUUCAGUGUUCAUUGUUUAGGUUUUUACCAGGAGCCGAAUUAUCUGCAGAGGUCUCUUCCUCUCCAAAACAAACAGACCAGGUGAUUAAAACCAGUGACAACUCUGAAUAAAGCAGUUUCAUGUAACAAAUCAGUGUUUCUCCGAUGCUGUUUGGCAUGUCGUAGAUGGGCCGCUAGUCCAGCACCUGCUUAUGUGUGCUCACCUUUUUUCUCUGAUAACUUAAGAUCCAGACAAUCAGGAGGUUUUUACCAGGAGCCGAAUUAUCCACAGAGGUCUCUUCCUCUCAAGAACAAACAGACUAGAUGAUUAAAACAAGUGACAUCACUGAACAAAGCAUUUUCACGUAACAAAUCAGUGAUUCUCCGAUCAUAGAUGGGCCGCUAAUGUAUGCUCACCUUUUUUCUCUGAUAACUUAGAUCCAGAUGAUCAGGUGAUUUUAACCGGGAGCUGAAUAAUUCCCACAGGUCUCUUCCUUUUCCAAAAAAUGACCUGCAAAACUAAAACUGGCAGUUCACCCUGGCGAUUUCCAUAAACAAGUACCUGCUGACUGUGUAGUUAUAAAUGACUCACUAUAGCGGCACCAAGCACAGACGCAAUGCAUCACAUAGUGGUAGAGAAGCUGUGUUUUUAACCUGCUCUGUAUUUACAGUGUGUGGUCGCUGCCAGCUUCAUUGUGUGUGUAUUAAGUUUUGUCAAGUGCUAAUGCAGUUGUUUACACAGGGUUUGGAAGCUAUAUUAACCAGUGCCGCAUUAAUUACCUGGAGGUUUUGGAUCAUGGAUGCAUUGAUUUCAUUUAUUUAUAAGGACAAUGCACAUUAAUCAACACCUCUGGAAAUGUGCCGGUGUUAGCCAGCUGGCUAAUUUUUAACUGCAGUCGUUUGGCAAGAUCUUUUGAAACCAAUAAAAGGAUCAAACUCACAGGACAAAGACAGCAUAAAGACAUAAGACGGCAGUAACAACAGCAAACAGAAACUGUCAAGAUAGAACAGAAGCCAUGCAAAGCUAUGUGGAAUGUAAAAACACACACAACGUUGCUCUGAUGCUUCACAUUGCCUCUGAAACAAUGAGGUGCUCUGCUACAUGCUGCAGCAUGUCGCCUCACAACCAUGUCUCAUGUAUUUAGGCCAAGAGGUAACGAAAACAGGUGGUUAUACACUAAAGAAAACAUGCUUAUUAUAUUCCAUUUCUGCCAGUAUCUCCCCAUAAAUCGACACACCUGACCUUUAAAACCGGGAAAACACAACACUUAUGAUAUUUAAAAUCUAAGACGAUAUCUAGUCUCCUAAUAUCGAUGUAUUGCCCAGCCCUAACCGUCACUGGUAGUGUCACAGUCUGAACACACAUCUGCAGGAAUAUUUUCUGUGCAUCAGCUUCUACAGUAAGGACCAAUGUUGCACAGCGUUACUCUUUAGAUAACGUCUUCACUUCCAGUCAGUUCUGUUUGGGCUCUUUUUAAGAGUGUACGUUGUUGCCUAUUGCUUUACCUGGUGUGAAGACACGUUAGCAUGGUAUACCUACAUAUCUUGUCCAUUCCAUCUAUGAUGUGCUGAAGUGGCCGUCCACAUAAGUAAGACGAUAUUUUAUAAAUUCAAGCUUACUAUAUUUCCUUUUCUACGAAGGCGUUGCUCGAAUGUUUGGACUCAAAGUGCAAAUUGUUAUUGACAUAUUUAUCUUUUCUUUUUUCCAAAGACCAGUGGCAUUACCUGUUUGUAUUAUUAUAGCCAUUGACAGCACUUAUUUGACUUUGUUGGGCUGAUGAUUGUGAUUGGACUCAUCUAAACUGAAGAGUGUUGUACAGAGUUGGCGAGUGUAUUUUCUUACUCUCCUUUUGCAACUUCAAAUGGUUGUCCUGAGGUGCUCUCUUCUGACCCCCCCCCCCCCUUCUCACACGGAUUGUGUUACCGCGACCCCGCCCUCUCCCAUCAGACAACAUGCUUUAACUCAACAACUAAAAAAUUCAGUUUCAGCACAUUAUCGGACUGAUUUUUUAAAGCACCACGAAAUGAACCUUGAAGUGCAUCAUAUCAGCUUUUUGCGCUCUUCUUUGUUAGUGUUUAUCAGUGCCGUUUUCUUCGUUGUGUUUCUGUUCAUGCCAUCGACUACUUGACCAUGACAUGUAUUAGGUUGCUUGACAGAUAGAACCUCAGAAACAUGUAAAUACUUGAAAGAUUUUUUCAGAGAUAAGUCCAUCUCGUACAGAUUUAUGUAUCAAACUGAAAAAAAAAAAGAUGAAUGUCUGCUGGAUGGUGUUGCCAUAGAACUGCAGAGUGCACCGUAUGUGCUCAUUAAUCAAAAAUCAUGUCCUUUUUGCCCUCUGGAGUGACGACCACGAGACGACGUCAAAAACACGAUACUCCAAUGAAAUGCAAUCAAACUGAAGUCGGUAUGAAUGUAAUGUCUGUUAGAAAAAAAAGGCUUCAGUCUAAUAUUAUAAAUAUGUUAACAAUGUAUGUACAUGCUUAUUAACAUGGCUUCAAAAGCUACCAAAAGACCCUGAUAAAAGGCACCUUUGUUGCAGUGAAUGCACAGCAUGUGAAGCGUUUGAUAUGACGGUUCACUUUGGGGAGGCGGUAGUGUAUCUAGCAUUUACAGACAAUGAGCUCCAAGCAGUGUUAUGGUUCUGAUAUUUGUGCUGUAUAGCAAUUGAAUGAACAAGUGAAUUGUCAUCUUUUUAUUUGUAUUCUGUGUAUUUGUUCAAUGUGUU